AUGGUUAAGAUGAAUUCGGUUAGAGUCCUUCUCUUUCUAGCAGCUAAUCUAGACUGGCUACUUCAUCAGUUUGAUGUAAAGAAUGCCUUUCUCCAUAGUGACCUCGAAGAAAAGGUAUAUAUGGACAUUUCUCUUGGUUUUGAGGAUCAUCAGACAGAAGGCAAGUUGCUCGCUCUUAAGGAUGUGAUAUUUAUCUCACAGAAGAAGUAUGUGCUUGAUCUGUUGAAGGAAACUAGAAUGCUUGGUUGCAAGGCCCGUGACCCUCUAUUAGAACCCAAUCAGAAACUAGGGGAUGAUGAAGGAGGAGCAGCUGUUGACAGGGAGAGCUAUCAGUGA